CACUAUUCAUAUACAAAUCAGCCACCACUCGGGCAAAUCGCUGCUGCCUGCUCGCCUGCUGGUGUUUGGUUCGUACUUCUGCUGCCUGCUGGCGAAGCAAAAUUCAGUGCAGAGAGCAGAGCAGUAAAUUCGCGUCCGUGCAAAAGGACGGCGCAGUGAAAGUGUUUUGGUUAUAAUUACGCGGUCGCUUGCAUAACGCCUGCUAGCUCGAGUGGCGACUUCAGCUGAGUGCUCUCGAAUCCGUGAUGGACUGAAAUCCGCUGGACGAUCGGAGCCGAUCUCUUUGUUAUCACUCUGGUAGAAUGGAUACGUCGCACUGAAUCGCCGAGUCGGACGCACGGAUUCUUUUUCUCGGAGCCAAGAAAAUGGACAGCAAAAACGUUGUCUACACGGCGGCCAGGGACGGAAAACUCCGUCGCCUCAAGGUGUUCCUGGAGCACAGAGCCCGUUCCGAGGUUUUGAUGCUGGUGUCGUCCAAGACGAACAACGCAACGCCGCUCGUGAUGGCCUGCCGCUACGGACACUACGACGUCGCCGAGUACCUCAUAGAAAAGUGCAACGCUGACAUCGAGCAGCCCGGAGCUGUCGUGUUUGACGGCGAAACAAUCGAAGGAGCGCCGCCCCUGUGGUGCGCGGCGGCCGCCGGCCACCUCGCCGUCGUCAAGCUGCUCGUCCGGCACAGCGCCAACGUCAACAGCAUCACCAAGACCAACUCGACGCCGUUGCGGGCUGCCUGCUUCGACGGACACUUUGACAUCGUCAAAUUCCUCAUUGAGCACCACGCUGACAUUGAAAUCGCCAACCGGCACGGGCACACGUGUCUGAUGAUCGUCUGCUACAAGGGCCACAUCAAGAUCGCCAAAUACCUGCUCGGACUGAAAGCGGACGUGAACCGGAAAAGUGUCAAAGGCAACACAGCGCUGCACGACUGUGCGGAGAGCGGCAGUCUGGAGAUAAUGAAACUGCUCCUCCAGCAUGGCGCCCGCAUCGAAGUUGAUUCCUACGGCAUGACUCCUCUCCUGGCAGCUAGUGUGACCGGGCACUCUCAUAUUGUUGAGUACUUCAAGCAGCACGUGGGGCUCGUCUCAAGGAAGGACAUGGUGGAUGCGAUGGAACUACUUGGCGCCACCUACGUCGAUAAGAAGAGAGACAUGAUGGGCGCCCUUUCCCUCUGGAGACAAGCCAUGGAAGAGAGAUUCGAGGACGGAAAGCCACCGUUGCCCAAGUCGGUGCCUUUGAUAACGGUGGCAGCAUACAACGACGCGCGGGAGGUGCAGACGCUGGACGAGCUGGAAGAGCUGGUGUCCGACCCGGACGAGAUUCGCAUGCAGGCCUUACUGAUCCGCGAGCGAAUCUUAGGGCCUGUGCACCCUGAUACAAGUUACUUCGUGCGCUACCGCGGCGCCGUGUAUGCGGACGCGGGUCAGUUUGACCGGUGCAUCUCGCUGUGGAACUACGCGCUUGACAUGCAGCAGAAGAUCCUCGAGCCGAUGAACCCUAUGACGCAGAGCAGCCUGUUCUCCUUUACUGAGCUCUUCUCCUUCAUGAUCAGCGAGCACUCGCGCUUCCGCAACAGCAACUCCGGGGGCCGCGGUGGCCGCCAGAUCCCGCCGGUUGCUUAUGACGACAUCCUGCACGUUUUUGAGAAGGCGCUGCGUGAACUCAGUCUCGGCAUGGCCCACCCAACCGCCGUUGAAUGCAGCAACUUGCUUGGACACAUGCACCGCACCAUGGUGCUCACCAUGAACAUCUGCUGUCUGCUUGCCAGACACCAGGCCUUCCUCAGCAAGCAGCAGUCCGACCGCCUCUUCCAGUACACCGAGAAGCUCGUCCAAAUGGCUCCCGUUGGCAACAAGGGCUACACAUUGCUGCACAUCGCGUGCGCGCGGGACUCGUCGGUAGCGAAGCGGUACUCAGUGUGCCAGUUCCCAGCGCCGGAGCUGGUGACGCUGCUGCUGCGCGCGGGACACGCGCCAAACGUGCGCGACCUGGAGGGCAACACGGCGCUGCACGUGGCGGCGCUGGCCAAGCCGUGCACGCCGGCGCUGGCCCGGGCGCUGCUCGACGGCGGCGUGCACCUCGAUCUAGUCAACCGGCACGACAAGCGCUUCGAGCAGCUGCUGCAGGACCAGAAGGUGCACGACCUGCUCAACGCAGCCAGGCAUACGACGCUCAUGUGCCUCGCCGCCAGGACCAUCAACAAGCACUCGCUCCCCUACAAGGGCGUCAUCCCCGCUCGCCUCGAGUCCUUCGUCGCCAUGCACUGAGAAGCGACCGGCGACGCAGCCACCCACACCCACGCGAUUAUCUUCUCUCUUAGUUUAUUGUCAUCGCCGCCUAACAGCUGAGAACAAUUGUUUUGGGCGAAACAGAGCUGAAUUUUUCACUGCUAAUGGCGUUGGAACGAUGUGUUUAUUUUUUCUAAUUUGGUAGACGUCAUGGUCAUAAAAGAAGUCGGUUCCUAGUUGGAGCUAUUUCCAGUUGAAUUAUUUCGUUUUCCUUUCAACAAAAAGUCUGGCUUAACCAAACGAGAUUAAUAAAGGAAUUAAAGUUUUAGUUGGUGGGCAAUUUAUUUUGUUUGUGUUGUGUUCAGUAGUCAAAGUGUGUUGAUUUGAGUUGUUUAACUUAGACAGAGCUCUAUAAAAAUGUAAAAAGCUGGAAAAUCAUUUAAAAACUAAUUUUUCUAGUGUUGGGGAGUUGUAAUAUUCAGACAGUAUUAAAUGAGACGAUUUAGUUAAAAUCGAAUUGCGAUAAAUAUUUUCAGAAAAAAAUAUCAAGGUUUGUUCUGGGACUACGCCCGUUAUGAGAAGUGAAAAAAUUUCCUAGAUUUAAUGCUGAUCAAAAUAUCCUUGCAAUCUACGAUAAUUUCAAGAGAUUGUUAAAAAAUCUGAAAUUCAGGUUUUUUAAGUCAUAGUUUUUUCAAGAUUAAAAAUGAAGCCACAGUAUUUGUAAACCAGCUCAGAAAAUUUGGGUUAUUUUUGGUGAAAACUAUCCAAAUAGUAAUUUUUGUUGCCACAAUGUGAUACCUGUUGAGUGAAAUUUUUAUUCUUUCAGAGCUCUGUCACUCGUUGAAGCCAUCAAAUUAAAAAAUUUCCCCUGGUGAUAUGUCUAGUAUCGUCAAGUGAAUUAAAAAAAAUGCCACCAACUAAAAGGAGUUAUGUUAAAAGUUUCUCGGUUUGUGCUUGAAUCUAGGCACAAUAUUCGACUGAAUGUUGGGGACAAUUUUAAACCAAAUUGCACCAAAUUUUGUUGGUACAGUUUUAAUAAAUAUGAUUUAAUGUAAAACAUGAAAUAUCCUCUGAUAUAUUUUCCUUUUUUUAAUUUCAAAUACCAUCUGAUUGACAUCAUAGUUUUAUGUGAAGUCAAGUGUUAUCCUUAGCGGAAGCGGAGGAUUUGAUUGCCUUGUUCCGGCGCCAUUAUCAGUUUCGGAAUUUUAAAUCGUCCUAUGAAUGAAAAGUGUAAUUUGGAAGGAAGUCUAAAAACUCAAAAAUUGGCCUUGGUGUUUGUUGAGUUCAGUGAGGAGCAGUGAGGAUUGUUGCUUUUGACGCUUUCUGACUGUCCAACGUCCGCCGGUCUUGUGUUAACCCUCCAAUGUAUUUAACUGAUUAAAAUCAAGUUAUCCUAGUACGACUAAUACUAAGUGUAAGUGAUGAUGUGAUUUCACGUGCAAAACUAGUGAUCGAAUUUUGUGCAGUUCAGUUGAUCGAAAUUCUCUAGGGCUUGGUUUUUGGUUUUGACACUAAAAUUUGAUAAACUUAAUGCCAUCUUAUUUUGUAUUUUGAGCUUCAAGUGCAGAAUAAAAGUAAACUAAGAAGUAUAA